GAAAGUGGCAAGAGUACAUUCAUUAAACAAAUGAGGAUUAUUCAUGGAUCAGGUUACACAGAAGAAGACAGGAAAGGCUUCACAAAAGUGGUUUACCAAAAUAUAUUUACUGCCAUGCAAGCGAUGGUCAGAGCCAUGGAUACUCUCAAGAUACCGUACACAUCCAAAGAGAAUGAGGUAAGCCAUGCUCAGAUGAUCAAAGAAGUGGAAGUGGAUAAAGUGACAGUGCUGGAAAGAAAACAAAUUGAAGCAAUCAAGAAGCUGUGGGAAGACCCAGGAAUUCAAGAAUGCUACGACAGACGGAGGGAGUACCAGCUCUCAGACUCUGCUAAGUAUUAUCUUACUGACCUUGAUCGUAUUGCUAUGCCCUCAUUUGUGCCAAGUCAGCAAGAUAUUCUUAGAGUCCGCGUGCCAACAACAGGAAUUAUCGAGUAUCCUUUUGAUUUAGAAAAUAUUAUAUUUAGGAUGGUGGAUGUAGGUGGCCAAAGGUCAGAAAGAAGGAAGUGGAUCCAUUGUUUUGAAAGUGUUACUUCCAUCAUUUUCUUAGUUGCAUUAAGUGAAUAUGAUCAAGUCUUGGCAGAAUGUGACAAUGAGAAUCGGAUGGAAGAAAGCAAGGCCUUAUUUAAAACUAUCAUUACCUAUCCCUGGUUUCUGAAUUCCUCAGUCAUUUUGUUUUUAAAUAAAAAAGAUCUUCUAGAAGAGAAAAUCAUGUAUUCCCAUCUAAUUAGUUACUUUCCAGAAUACAGAGGACCUAAACAAGACGUCAAAGCUGCCAGAGACUUCAUUUUGAAGCUGUAUCAGGAUCAGAAUCCAGACAAGGAGAAAGUAAUCUAUUCCCAUUUUACAUGUGCCACAGACACAGAAAAUAUUCGUUUCGUCUUCGCUGCUGUCAAGGACACGAUCCUGCAAUUAAACCUGAGGGAGUUCAACCUGGUUUAA